GGGGAUCUGUUCAGCAUGUGGACGACGGUCGGUCUGCUCUUGGGCGCUGUUCAUGUGGCCUUUGCCGCGGUCUAUUUGUACUUGACCUGGCACCACAAGUACUGGCAGAAGCGGGGCGUGCUCACAGCCGAGCCGCUGACCAUCCUGGGCACCUAUCCGGGUGUUCUGGCCGACAAGAGCCGCAGUCUCAUACUCGACGUCCAGGAGGUGUACAACAAGUACAAAGACCAGCACCGAGCGGUGGGCACUUUCCUCACCCGCCAGCCCCAAUUGCUGGUGCUGGACCCGGCCCUGGCCCACGAGGUCCUGGUGGAUAAGUUCAGCCACUUCCGGGACACCGUAACCAGCAGCUUUGUGGGCCACAAUCCCGACGAUAGGUUCGUGCAGGUAUCGCCCUUCUUCAGUGCCGGCGAUGACUGGAAGCGAAGGCGCACUGAGAGCGUGGGCGGACUCACUCCCAAUAAACUGAAGAUGGCCUUUACGAUCUGGGAGCAGAGUGGGAAGAAGCUGUUGGAGUACAUCGAGCGGGUGCGACAAGAGAGGGGCGACAUCAUCGAGACCAGAGACCUCGCCUAUCGCUUUACGGCCAACACGAUGGCCGACUUUAUUUGGGGCAUUGACGCGGGCACCCUGACCGGCGCCGUGGGAGAGACGAGUCCCUUCCAGAAGACCUCCACGGACUGGACCAACAGCGCCUUCAAGUCGAUCAUCAGGUUCAACAAGUCCCUGGUGGCCCCGUUCCUGCGCAAGGUCCUGCGGAUGCGGUUCUUCACCAAGACGGCCGAACAGUUCUAUCUGCAGCUCACCCGCGAUGCUCUCCGGCUGCGCCACAGCGGCAGUGGCUCGGACCGCACGGACUACCUGUCGCACCUGAUCCAGCUCCAGCAGCGGGGCAACACCCUCACGGACGCCGUGGGUCACGCCCUGACCGUGCUCUUGGACGGCUACGAGACCUCCGCCGCCGUGCUCUAUCACAUGCUCUACACGCUGAGCGAGCACCCCGAAGAGCAGGAAAAAUUACGCUCGGAACUUGCGGAGGCGCUGGCCGCCGACGAGCACCUCAGCUACGAGCAGCUGAACGCCCUGCCCUAUCUGGAUCAGUGCUUGAAUGAGUCUCUGCGCCUGACCACGCCCAUUGGCUUCUUCAUGAGGAUCUGCACGAAGGCCACCCAACUGGAUUUGGGCCAGGGCCAAGUGGCGGACUUAGAGCCAGGCGCCAGUGUUAUGAUUCCCGCCUACCAGUUUCAUCACGACGACGCCUUCUACCCGGAGGCAAGCCUCUUCCAGCCGGAUCGCUUCGAGAAUGGGGCGGCGAGUGUUCUGACCAAGCGGGGCUGUUACCUGCCCUUUGGGGAUGGUCCCCGCAUUUGUCUAGGCAUGCGUGUUGGCCAACUGAGCGUCAAAACGGCCAUCCUGCACAUCCUCUCGCAGUACCAGGUUGAGCAGACCACAAAGGUUCCCAUGGAUGCAGACACCGGCCUGGGGAUAUUCCUCAAUGGCGAUGUGCAGCUGAAAUAUACAAAAUUGAAAAAAUAAUAAA